AUGCAAGCGGCUGCUUCGCGGCAUUUAGGUUCGGCCGGACGUGGUCAUGUUCCAAACGACAUGGUUUUGGACAGUCUGUGCAACGGUUUGGGUCGGUCCAGUUCCGUUCAGUUCCCCAAUCCACUGCAAGCCAGCGGACUUUUGAACGGACCCAACUCCUCGGUCCAUGGAUCCUCGUCUCCCGGGCCGGCACAUUCCUCCCCAACGGUUAAAGCACACGCGGACGCUUUUUCCACAUAUAAUCUCCGGUGUCAUAAUUUGAAGGACUUUCGAAAUACAGCAGCAGCUGCAUUGGUUGCUGCUGUAGCCGGUGAACAGGUGCAAUUCGCCGCACAUGUGGCGAACAACAUUGACGGAUCCGUUGGUAGCGCUGGCUCUGGUGGUGGUGGCAGUGGUGGUGGUGGUGGUGGUGGCACCAGUGGGGAUGUAAAUGGUGGAAAUGGAAUAGGCGAUCCCGGUGAUGGUAGUGGAGAGCCGAAUACGUCGGAAAAGACACUCGAUCGUCCGGUGUCUAUGGACGAAUCAGAUGGUGCACAUCGAGGCCAAACCGCGAACACCUCACAGCCUGGCUCUGAUGGCCUGAUUGGAUCCAUGAUUUUGAAACCAUUCUGUGUAGCCUAUUAG